GUUUGUUCGUUUCAAUAGAGAUGUUCGUCAGCCUCUGUCUCAAAUACGACUUAGUCUUUCUGUCUCCCUCGGAGCUGGACAAAUGAUCUUUCUCGCCGGUAUAAAUGCCACAGAAAAUAAGGCUGCCUGUGUUACAGCAGCAGUACUCAUGCAGUAUUUUUUGAUGGCCGCUUUCUUUUGGAUGCUGGUGGAGGGAGUUUACCUAUACCUAUUCGUUGUGAAAGUUUACAACAUCACUGAAAAGAUGCACAUGUAUCACGUCAUGUCAUGGGGUUUGCCCAUCAUCGUGAUCGCCAUUUCAUUUUGUAUUGCUGCUGGAAAAGGUGGACUUCAUAGUUACACCAGCGAUAAAUAUUGCUGGCUCUCCUCCACUAACAAUCUCGUCUGGAUAUUCAUUUCAUUCGUGGUGUUCAUUGAAGCUCUCAACAUUUUGAUACUCGUCCGAGUCAUAAGGGAGAUGACCACACUUGUACAAUCUACGAGGGAAUACAACCAUAUUCAGCAGAUAAGACUUGGCAUAAGAACACGCGUGGUGAUGAUUCCACUGUUGGGCUUUACGUGGCUAUUUGGUCUUUUGUUACCAAUGCACAAAGCUUUUGCUUACAUUUUCACCAUCUUUAACUCUACACAGGGUUUCCUAAUAUUCGCCUUUCAUUGUGUGCGAAACAGCCAGAUUAGAGAGCGAUUUAAAAGGAAGGUGAACACCAUUUUUCCAUCUACUGCAGAUCAUGGAAACUCCAUAAAGAAAUCCACACAAAUUAAUCCAAGUGGUGCCAGCGAUAUGUGGGCAGUUGAAUUGCAGUCUUUCAAUGAGUAGCUGUAUAUUUAAUUUGAUAAAAAAGUCUCAAUUGAUGUGUGGUAAUGCGCAGUCACUUAGUAUAACAGAGUUCAUGAAGGUAGAUUGAUGUUCAGUCUCGUUGUGUCAGUUAAGUUAGCCGGCGCCUUCUGAUUAUUGCGAUAUUUCUGAAAUGAGAUAACUACUUGAUAAAGUUAGCCCUUUACCACUGAGCGCGCGUUAAAGUAGUAAAGAAAAUAGUUUGGCUAAAAAUGAAAAAAAUUCAGAUGUGCCCUUUUGCCUCCUGAGUAUUUUAGAUGUAAAAAAACGCAUUUUAUUUGUCUUUGCUUGUAUCAGAUCCAGCUUAUCGUUAUGAAUGUUAAACACUCUACCAUCCCGUUCAGUUAGAAAAUCAGUUAUAAAAUGAAUGACAUUAACAGAAAUAUCCACAUCGACACGAUUUAGAAAAAUAUGUAAAUACGGACAAACUAAAAAUAAAUUUUCAUAUGUAUUAA